GGCGCGCCAGAUUCGUAAUUCAUGGCGGCUUUUUGUUCUCUGGGGUGCUCCUCUACUUCUGGUGUGUGUAAACACCAAGACAAAUGGAGCGACUCCUCGCUGCUGGGGAAGCGGCUGUCGGAAGACUCGAACCGCCACUUGUUUCUGCAGAAGUGGGCGAGUUUGUUGGACGCGCCGGAGCCGGAGCCGGAGCGGCGCGAGGAGGCGGCUGCGGCCGGGGAGUACCCGCUCGUGUUCCUGUGCGCGCGCUGUCGCCGGCCGCUGGGCGACUCGCUCACCUGGGUGGCCGGCCAGGAGGACACCAACUGCAUCCUGUUGCGCUCUGUUUCCUCUAACGUCUCCGUGGAUAAGGAACAGAAACUGUCCAAGCGCAAAGAUGAAGAUGGUUGCAUUCUUGAGACUUUGUACUGUACCGGCUGCUCCCUCAGGCUUGGCUAUGUGUACAGAUGCACUCCUGAGAGGCUGGAUUUCAAGAGGGACCUGUUCUGCCUCAGUGUUGAAGCCAUUGAAAGCUAUACUUUAGGGUCCUCGGAAAAACAGAUCGUGUCAGAAGACAAGGAGCUUUUCAAUCUUGAGAGCAGAGUUGAAAUAGAGAAGUCUAUAAAGCAGGUGGAAGAUGUCCUGAAAUCCUUGCAAACAAAGCUGUGGGAGGUUGAAUCAAAACUGCCCUUUGCCGGCCACUGCAGCUGAGCUGUGCUCUGUAGCCCACCGUGCCCCGCCCUUGUUCCGGACACACCGUUUCUAUGGCUGUAUUUUGGGGUAAAGAGGUAGCUGUUCCUGUAUGUGAAUUUUAAAGCCAGUUUAUGAUACAUACUGAAGUGGGAUUUGGGAGUUUUUAUUUUGAUUGAAAAAAAUGAGUGCUUUUCUAACUGUCUCA